AUGAGCAGCUCUGAAUCGAAGCGCAGCGAUUCAUCAGACUCAUCGGAGUCUAAUUCUAGACUCGGUCAAGCCCAGUCAACUGCAACAUCCUCACCCCCCACAUCUGUAGCAACCACUAGCUCUCCAGUCAAGAGCAUUGGCUCUCCUGUUGUAUCUUUUGACACCCCCGCAUGUCCCGUUGAGUGGAGUUGCCCCGUCAGCGAAGGAAAACAUGUUCCUCGCAAUCCCAGUAAGCGUCCCGCCGAGUAUACCUUAUUCCAAAAUGGCACACGUGACGAAGAUUGCGACUUGCCUACGAAGAGAUCAAAGACCCUGAAAACGACGUGGAACUUCGCUACCCCCUCUGCUGAAGCUACAACAUACCUUAACGAGCGCAUGCUCGAGCUCUCCCGGAUCACUCGUCGGGCUAUUGCCGCGAGGAUGCGCUACCAACGACUUCGCUCGCGCGAACUUGAUUUAAUAAGAUCCAUCUGUGUGGACGAAACCGAGCUGUGCCAGACGCAGCUGAAUGAAGUUGACGUACAGAUUGGUUCCAUUCGGAACAUGCUUCAGGUUGGAGGGGCUGCGGCGAUAGGGAGUACAGGUUGUAGGUUUGAGCCUGGCGACACCGGGUCGUGGUGCGAAAGUUCAGUCUGA